AUGAAUUUACAUAUAAAGAAACGUAUUGUUUGUGCAAUGUCUGGAGGUGUUGAUAGUUCUGUAUCGGCUGCUUUAUUAAAGAAAAAAGGAUAUGAAGUCAUUGGUUGUUUUAUGCGUAAUUGGGAAAAACAUGAAGAUGAUGAUAGUACAACAAAAUGUACGAGUGAUAAAGAUCUUGAAGAUGCUAUUUAUGUUAGUAAUCAAUUAAAUAUUCGUUUACAUAUUGUUGAUUUUAUAAAAGAUUAUUGGACAAAAGUAUUUGAACCAUUUCUUGAUGAUUAUCAACAUGGUUUAACACCAAAUCCAGAUAUACUUUGUAAUAAAUAUGUUAAAUUUGAUUCUUUAUUUAAAUAUUGUCAAGAACGUCUUGAUACAACAUAUUUAGCAACAGGACAUUAUGCACAAGUAAAACAAGAUAAACAAGGAAUUAAGUAUUACUAUAAAUUAAUGCGUGGUUAUGAUAUGAAAAAAGAUCAAUCAUUUUUUUUAUGUCAUUUGGAAAAGUCUGUUUUACCAUUUAUUGAAUUUCCGAUAGGUGGAAUGAUGAAAUCGGAUGUAAAACGUUUAGCAAAUGAAUUGAAUCUGGAAAGAAUUUCUCAGAAAACUGAAAGUAUGGGUUUAUGUUUUAUUGGUAAACGAAAAUUUUCUAGUUUUAUUUCUCAAUAUAUUUCGGAUAAUAUUGGUCAUAUAAAAUCAAUUGAAACAAAUGAAAUUAUUGGAGAACAUUAUGGUUUACAUCGUUAUACAAUCGGACAACGUAUUACUCCAAUUAAUAAACAACAUAAAUCAUCUAAACCAUUAUUUAUUGCUAAAAAAGAUCUAAUAAAUAAUAUAAUUUAUGCCGCACCUGGUACAAAUCAUCCAGCAUUAUUUACAAAAUCUUUUGAUACAGAUAUUCCACACUGGAUUAAUGAAAUACCAUGUUUAUUAAAAGAAACUAGUCAAUAUCAAUGUGAUUUUCGUUUUCAACAUAAACACCGUCCAUUACCAGUAAUGCUUUCUCUAACAGCUAAGAAUACGUUACAUGUAUCAUUACCUAUACCGAUUCGUGCUAUAUGUCCUGGACAAUAUGCAGUUUUCUACAACGAAAAUGAAGUUUUAGGUGCUGCACGUAUCAUUGAUAGUGGUACAUCAUUAUAUGAUUUGCAAUGGACAGAACCAUUAAUAAGUUCAGAUUUAAUUUUGAAUAUGUGUUGA